GAAGGGGGUAAACACCAGGGCUUCUUUCUUCUUUCUAUUUCUUUUCAUGCCCCACCUUCCUCCUGCGGUGCGUGCUGAAUUUUAUUUUUAUCGGGAGAAGGGUCCAGCCGUCCCUUUCCCUCGUCAACGGUGCUAACGUCGAAGUUUGGUACUCACGAGAGCUUGUCAGCUAUAUUUCGCUUUCACCCGCACAUUUCGUGAAUUUUUCACCCCAUGGGGACCAUCGAAACGCGCCUUGGCGUUUUUGUCACAACCACACCUGCGUUUCUAAAUUCUACGCCCUCAACCUCUCCCGCCCUCGCGAAGACAGCAGUCGUGCUGGCCGGAACAGCGAGCGAACCACUGGGAGCACCGAUCGGAGACAGCUCACGAACCCUAGACGCGAGGAACGCGAGAGAAAGAGCGGCGGCACAAGAGUUCGGCAACCCCUCCCGCUGCUGCUUCGUUUCAAAACAGAAUCGGUGGUGUGAUUUUCGGUUCGGAAAAGCAGGCGAAAACACGACAGAGAGGGAGCUGGGAGCGCGUUCUUUGUCCAUCAUGAUCGGCAAAGCCUUCGGGAUCGCGGUAGCAUUAGCAGCGAUAGCCGCGCCACGGGCCCGGGCAGAGCAGAUCCUCGUGGCUAGCCUGGUCGACGACAUCACGUACGCCGACAUCGUGCCUUCCGGCACGUGCGCGGACGGGUGCGUCCGCUACGAACAAGCCGUGGCUCACGUCACCGGCACCCCGGACCAACUAGACUGCGACUUGCAGACCGUCUCGCCUUUUGACUCGUCCACGCCCGAGCCGGGGCUGCUGAGGGCGCUGAUAUACUGUGAGGACAGCAGCGGCACCCUCAUCGAGCAGGGCACCAGACCCUGCGUGUUCGACGUCUGCGUCGAUUUCUCGUGGAGCUCCGGGGACGGUGAUGGCGACGGGGAGCUCACCUACGAAGUGCGGGUGGAACGCGAUUCCAAGCCUAGCGCGCCGCACACCAUCUACGUCGACCUUUCGGUGGCCAUCGACCCCACCUCCACCAACACAAACGCAGACUCGUGCCAGUACAACGGCACCUGCGAGGUGCAGACGUGCGAGGCGCCGAACGCCUACGGAGCCGUGAUUUCCAUGACGGAUGAGUACGGCGACGGCUGGGUGGGCGGAGUAGACGGGUACUACAACACGUGGCAGCUUACGGACCUGACCACGGAUACUGUCUGGUCCAAAGGCACUCUCGCCGAUAACCACGAAAGUGCCACGAUCAAGGAGUGCCUAGCUGACGGCGAGUACAUGUUCAAUACCACCGCCACCUCGGCCUUCGCCGACGACAUGGGAUGGGGCAUCUGCGACAACUACGGUGCCGCGGGGGAGGGGCUCAAGUUCACGGUGCUGAACGGCGCCUGCGACGGCGAGUCGGCAGAGCUUAUCGCGCGCGCGACCGCAGAAGAGACUUCGGACGCUGGGGACUCGUACUGCGUCCUGCCGGCGCCGGAGAGCGACGAGGACUACCGCACCUCGACCUGCACCGCUCUGUCUUCGGGCAUGAAGAUCGACGGAGUCGGGCUGUUCUACGACGACCGGUGCAAUAGCGCCGACUAUUCGGGGUGCUUCGCCCGGUCGAUCCCGGCGUGCAGGCUUUGCUUCUGGGACAAGGACCUCUGGAUGUCGCGGUUUCCUAACUCCCGCGUGCCGGACUGGGAGCUGUGCCCGUGCUGCGUGGCGGACACACUGGGCAUCGACUGCGCGAGCGGUGGGGGCGGGGGAACCGACGACGGGGUUAUAAUCGGAAUCAGCGUGGGGAUCGCGGGAGUCAUCGCCAUCGCGUGCUGCCUGUCGUGCGCCUUCGGGCCGACUAUCGUCCGCUUCUUCCGCCGCUUCCAAAAUAAGCGGCUCGAUGAAGAAGACCUCGACAUGGCCGGCGUCCUCGGCACGUCGGCGUUUCCGGAGUCACCAACACGCUACUGAAAGCUAAUGCUGAUGCUCUGCGCUUCGGCUGCUGUCGCUCCUCUCCUCUCCUUUCUUCUCCUUGCCCAUCUGCUUUGUGUGUGUUGUGUGUGUCUUGUGCACCCUGUAUUGGUUAAACCUUCCUUCUGUGUGGGGGGAUAUGGAUUGGACCGGUCAAUGUAAA